AUGGUGCCAGCAGGCAAAGGUGUGCUCAAUGACCGACAGUUGCUCAUCUACCUCUCUUCUCUCCUGUCCAGUGUUUAUCAGCUGGUUGUCAAGGAGGAGAGACUUCAGAAGUCACGGAGGGCAGCUGACAUCAUUGAAUGCUUUUCGGUGCCUGUGAGCUAUAGGAACGCCUCCAGCCUUGAUUCUCUACACUACUUUGCUGCUGAACUUAAGCCCGCCAACCUGCCUGUCACCCAGCCAUUUACAGUGGGUGACAACAAGACAUAUAAUGGCUACUGGAACCCUCCUCUUUCCCCUCUGAAAAGCUACAGCAUCUACUUCCAGGCCCUCAGCAAAGCAAAUGGAGAGACCAAAAUCAACUGUGUUCGACUGGCUACGAAAGGUGCCUCCACCCAGAAUUCGAACACCGUGGAGCCAGAGAAGCAGGUGGACAGCACCGUGAAGAUGGCCGGCGUGAUCGCUGGUCUCCUCAUGUUCAUCAUCAUCCUCCUGGGCGUGAUGCUCACCAUCAAAAGGAGAAGAAAUGCUUAUUCCUACUCCUAUUACUUGAAGCUGGCCAAGAAGCAGAAGGAGACACAGAGUGGAGCCCAGAGGGAGAUGGGUCCUGUUGCCUCCGCCGACAAACCUACCACCAAGCUCAGCACCAGCCGCAACGAUGAAGGCUUCUCUAGCUCUCAGGACAUUAAUGGAUUCACAGAUGGCAGCCGCGGGGAGCUGUCCCAGCCCACCCUCACCAUCCAGACUCACCCCUACCGGGCCUGUGACCCUGUGGAGAUGAGCUAUCCUCGGGACCAGUUCCAGCCCGCCAUCCGGGUGGCUGACCUGCUGCAGCACAUCACCCAGAUGAAGAGAGGCCAGGGCUACGGGUUCAAGGAGGAAUAUGAGGCCUUACCGGAGGGGCAGACAGCUUCGUGGGACACAGCCAAAGAGGAUGAAAACCGCAAUAAGAAUCGAUACGGGAACAUCAUAUCCUAUGACCAUUCCCGAGUGAGGCUGCUGGUGCUGGAUGGAGACCCACACUCUGACUACAUCAACGCCAACUAUAUUGAUGGGUACCAUCGACCUCGGCACUACAUUGCAACUCAAGGUCCAAUGCAGGAGACUGUAAAGGACUUUUGGAGAAUGAUCUGGCAGGAGAACUCGGCCAGCAUCGUCAUGGUCACAAACCUCGUGGAAGUGGGCAGGCACCCAGCGGAACACACUGUGGGAAAUGCCACUCUGGGCCGCGCGGCGUCCCCCGGAAUGGUGAAGUGUGUGCGAUACUGGCCGGAUGACACAGAGGUCUACGGAGACAUUAAAGUCACCCUGAUUGAAACAGAGCCCCUGGCAGAGUACGUCAUCCGCACCUUCACAGUCCAGAAGAAAGGCUACCAUGAGAUCCGUGAGCUCCGCCUCUUCCACUUCACCAGCUGGCCCGACCACGGCGUCCCCUGCUAUGCUACCGGCCUCCUGGGUUUCGUCCGCCAGGUCAAGUUCCUCAACCCUCCCGAAGCUGGGCCCAUAGUGGUCCACUGCAGUGCUGGAGCUGGGAGGACUGGCUGCUUCAUCGCCAUCGACACCAUGCUUGACAUGGCCGAGAAUGAAGGGGUGGUGGACAUCUUCAACUGCGUACGUGAGCUCCGUGCCCAGAGGGUCAACCUGGUGCAGACGGAGGAACAGUACGUGUUUGUGCAUGACGCCAUCCUGGAAGCGUGCCUCUGCGGCAACACCGCCAUCCCCGUGUGCGAGUUCCGCUCUCUCUACUACAACAUCAGCAGGCUGGACCCCCAGACCAACUCCAGCCAAAUCAAGGACGAAUUUCAGACCCUCAACAUCGUGACUCCCCGUGUCCGGCCUGAGGACUGCAGCAUCGGGCUCCUGCCCCGGAACCAUGAUAAGAAUAGGAGCAUGGAUGUCCUGCCUCUGGACCGCUGCCUGCCUUUCCUCAUCUCCGUGGAUGGAGAAUCCAGCAACUACAUCAAUGCAGCGCUGAUGGACAGCCACAAGCAGCCUGCCGCCUUCGUGGUCACCCAACACCCUCUACCGAACACCGUGGCAGACUUCUGGAGGCUGGUGUUCGAUUAUAACUGCUCCUCCGUGGUGAUGCUGAAUGAGAUGGACACUGCCCAGCUCUGUAUGCAGUACUGGCCUGAGAAGACCUCUGGGUGCUACGGGCCCAUCCAGGUGGAGUUCGUCUCCGCGGACAUCGACGAGGACAUCAUCCACAGAAUAUUCCGCAUCUGUAACAUGGCUCGGCCACAGGAUGGGUAUCGUAUAGUCCAGCACCUCCAGUACAUUGGCUGGCCCGCCUACCGGGACACGCCCCCCUCCAAGCGCUCUCUGCUCAAGGUUGUCCGACGGCUGGAGAAGUGGCAGGAGCAGUACGAUGGGAGGGAGGGACGCACUGUGGUCCACUGCCUAAAUGGGGGAGGCCGCAGUGGAACCUUCUGUGCCAUCUGCAGCGUGUGUGAGAUGAUCCAGCAGCAAAACAUCAUUGACGUGUUCCACAUCGUGAAAACAUUGCGCAACAACAAGUCCAACAUGGUGGAGACCCUGGAACAGUAUAAAUUUGUAUACGAGGUGGCACUGGAAUAUUUAAGCUCCUUUUAGCCCAAUGGGUUGGGGAACCUGCCGGAGUCCAGAACCUGCUGCAGCCAAGCCCCCUUUUCUGUGAGUGGCAGUGACUGGGCUCAGGGACCAAGAGGUGGCACCCUGCCCGACUCCAAGGAGAAGACUGGCGGUCCUGUGUUGCACGGUGGGCUCUGCACCUUCUGGGGCGUCUCCUGCAGCUGUGGGAGAUGCUGUUCUUAAAGGCCCAGGUUUUGCUUCCACAUCCAACCAGCCACAGCCACUGCCCACGCAGAAGUGCACCCACAGCAAGGCCCCGGAUUUUUCGGUUCCCCGACCUCUUGUUUUUGCUCUUUUCACAUGUGUGAAUUUCAUGGCAAGCUGACUGUGCAGUGCUGGGGAGUGGCAGGCUCAGCAGCACCUCCCUGCCCUGCGUGUCCUUGAGAGUGGAGGGGCUGUGUGUUCUCCUCCGUGCUGUCACGGAGAUGAUUGAGUUCUUGAGGUCCCUGCUCUGCUGCCCCCUGCAAUCUCCUUCAGGGGCCUCUGGCACCGGACACCUGCCAGUCUGGAUCAGUGUGACCUCAGGAUGCUCCCGAGACCAGAGCAGAGGCCCCCGUCCUCACACCUACCCUGCAUGGGGCUUGGCCCACUACCGUUCUCUUCCCCUCCCCCAGCCUGGGCCUUGACCUGCUGUCAUUCACUGGCCAGCCCGCUGUGUCCACACCACAGCACCCUUUGAUAAAGGUUUUCUUCGCUUUUCUGUGGUCAGUGGGAGGGGGUGGGACUGCAGGGAACUUGGCUGCUCCUCCUUGUCUUUGUGAAAAGGGACCGCCUCC